UUUAAAAAAGUGCAAUAAAUUGUUUAAACAAUUUUAUUAUCAUAUUUAUUUGGAUUAUUAACAAUAUAAAAUUUAUCUCAACAAAUUUUAAAAGCUCUUAACACAAUAAAAGAAAAUUUUUUAAGAAAAAUAAAUAAAUUAUGUGGCUAAAUAUAAACUAGAAAGAAAACUAAGUAUUUUUCUAAAGAAACUUAAAACACCCCCCUACAAAAAUGCUACAACAUCCCGCCACUGAUUUUUACGAUUUGGCUGCUGCCAAUGCUGCUGUUUUAACAUCACGCCAAACGCCCCCUUAUAGUCCUACCGGACUAACGGUUACGGGUUUAACGAACAAUAAUAACAAUAGCACAAGCAAUAAUAACAACAAUUUGGAUAUGUUGUCUCACAAUGGCAAUGCCAAUAGUGUACCGGGUUCUACCCGUUUGGUUGGUAAUCAGAAUACAAGUACAAAUGGCGGUGGUGGUGGUGGUGGCGCUAGUAAUGGCGCCAAUGGUCGCGAAUCAUUGCCCAGUUUUGGUUUUACCCAGGAACAGGUGGCGUGUGUAUGUGAGGUUUUACAACAAGCUGGUAAUAUUGAAAGACUGGGCCGUUUCCUAUGGUCAUUGCCACAAUGUGAUAAAUUGCAAUUAAACGAAUCAGUGCUAAAAGCCAAGGCCGUUGUUGCAUUCCAUCGCGGUCAAUACAAAGAAUUGUAUAGAUUGUUAGAACAUCAUCAAUUCUCACCUCACAAUCAUGCUAAAUUGCAAGCGCUGUGGUUAAAAGCUCAUUAUGUGGAAGCCGAAAAACUGCGUGGAAGACCAUUAGGUGCUGUGGGUAAAUAUCGUGUUCGUCGUAAAUUUCCACUGCCGCGCACAAUUUGGGAUGGUGAAGAAACAAGUUAUUGUUUUAAGGAAAAAUCUCGUUCAGUUUUAAGAGACUGGUAUGCGCACAAUCCUUAUCCCUCACCGCGUGAAAAACGUGAACUAGCAGAGGCUACGGGACUGACAACAACACAGGUUUCUAAUUGGUUCAAAAAUCGAAGACAAAGAGAUCGAGCAGCGGAACAUAAAGAGUAAGUAAAUUGUUAAAACAAACUAUAAAUUUAGAUGAAAUUUUAAAAAUAUUGCUUAGUUAAGGUAAAGGUUAUACACGCUAACUAAUGUAAAGGUAAUUAAUCUUUUG